UAACGUAGAGCCAGAGCGCAGCACGAGACAGCUGACGGUAAAUGCUGUUCCUCUACUUAUCAUUCGCCAAUGUUUAUGUUGGGCCCACUUGAUGUGAGGAUGCUCAUCGAUAAGUGUUGUUCGGAAGAGUAACGAGCCGGCGGCGCUGUGUCCUUAAUGCGCAACAUGAGCAUCAGCGAGCAUUCCUUGCAAGCUCUGUCCUGGAGGAAGCUCUACCUGAGCCGGGCGAAACUCAAAGCUUCCAGCCGGACCUCCGCGCUGCUCUCCGGCUUCGCUAUGGUGGCCAUGGUGGAAGUGCAGCUGGACAACAGCUACCCGUACCCUCCCGCCCUGCUGAUCGCCUUCAGCGCGUGCACCACUGUGCUGGUGGCCGUGCAUCUUUUCGCCCUGAUGGUCAGCACCUGCAUCCUGCCCAACAUCGAGGCGGUCAGCAACGUGCACAACAUCAACUCGGUGAGCGAGUCGCCGCACGAGCGCAUGCACCGCCACAUUGAGCUGGCCUGGGCCUUCUCCACCGUCAUCGGGACGCUCCUCUUCCUCGCCGAGGUGGUGCUCCUCUGCUGGGUCAAGUUCCUGCCCGUCAAGCCGAGCAAGGCAGGCAACGACACGGUGUCGGCGGGCGUGGCCGCCGCCAUCACCUCCACGUCCAUCAUGGUCCCCUUCGGCUUGGUGUUCAUCGUCUUCGCCGUGCAUUUCUACCGCUCGCUGGUCAGCCACAAGACGGACCGGCAGUUCCAGGAGCUGGAGGAGCUCUCCAACCUCACCAGGCUGCAGAACCAGCUGGACAAUAGAGGCGAGUCCAUUUUACAUUCGCCCAGCUCGCAUUUCCCAUAAGAUGUGCGUGAGUGAGUGAGUGAGGGAACUGCCAGCUAAAUAUGACACGGAUUUAUGAUUUCAAGACUGAUCCAAAUAUUGGUAUGCGUACCUGCAUUAUUUGUAAGAUUGUCCAACUCAACUGGGGACAAAAACAUCUUUCUCAAAGCACAUGAGAACUUUGUAGAGACACGUUAGUAGUGUCUUUUGCCCCCACUUGAGAAAGACGGCGCCUUUCCUUCAUGAGCUCUCGGCUGCAUUGUGAUGGACCUCAUUUGAACAAUCUUAAAUUGGCAGAUUACCCCAAACUUGAAAUUGCAAGUCUUAACUGUGAUUUUUUUUUUUUCCCCCCGAAAUCACUGGAACGAACUCUUGUUUGUCUUGCCUGCUGCUUUUCAAUUAGGCGUGAUAAUGACUCGGAUUUAAAUUGCACUUGUACUUUAUUGUCGUUUUGAUGACUGUUUUAUUUGUACAUCUCAUCUGGCUCAAUGGGCCCAAAAGAAAAAAGGGACCUCUACCACUUGGGGUCAGCCCCACUUUUGACACUGGACUUUUUGUUUUGUUUUUUUUCCCCCUCCAAAUGUGUAACAGUCUGAUAGUGUUAGUGUGUCCAAGCGACUGGAAAUGUCUUCCGGCUGAUUUUGAGCACCGGGAAAAAUAAAGUAGCCACUCCAGUGCCUCU